AUGUCCUUUGCACCAGGUGCCGUUGUGCAAAUCACUGCCGUUGCCGUGGCCAACCCUGCGCUGGUCAGUGCUGGACUGGCAUUCAGUUACCAUGCUGGGGUCAAAUAUGAAUUUUCAGUAGCCUUAUUUGCAUCCUAUCAAAGACUGGUCCUUUCCCCAUGGCGUCAGCAGCAGCACGGCGUCUGCAAAGCGAUCCGAAGGGAAGUAUUUGAUGGGGUGCUGGAUGAAGGUGCCGUUGCUGAAGCCCUGCGCACGCUGGGGCGUUCUGCCUCUGGCACAGAGCGUGUUUACCUUCAUCUGUUACUUUCGGAUCGCUGUUUAAGUGACAUCAGUAUUCUUUGGAAAUACAUUCAUCUUGAGAAGCUAGAUCUUUCCUACAAUAAAAUCAGUGAUCUCUCUUGCAUCAGUCACAUGCCCUACUUGUUGGAACUGGAUGUUUCCCAUAAUGCACUAACCACAUAUUUUGACUUCAGACCACCCAAGAAUCUCCAAGUUGCAAAUUUUUCCUACAAUGAUAUUUCAGAAAUGCAAGACCUUUCCAACUACCAGUCCCUCAAAAAGCUCAUACUGGACAAUAACAACAUCACAGAGAUUCGGGGACUGGAGAAUUGCCACAACCUGACAUAUCUGAGCUUGGCAAAUAACAAAAUCAAGGCAAUUUCUGGCUUGCAAAAUUUGCCCAUCAAAACUCUCUGCUUGAAAUCAAACCAGAUAGAGAAGGCAGUUGGCUUGGAAGCUGUAAAGGUGUUACAAGUUUUGGAUUUGUCCGGGAACCAGAUCAGCAGUUUGGAGGGUCUGGAAGAGCACAACCUCCUGGAGGACAUCAACCUUGAAAAUAACCAGGUGUCUGAACUCAGUGAGCUGGAAUAUAUUGAAUCUCUGCCUCUGCUGAGAGUGUUCAAUCUGUUGAACAAUCCAGUGCAGCAACAUGCAGACUAUUGGCUCCUGGUGAUUUUCAUGCUGCUGCGUCUGACAGAACUGGAUCACAAGAAGAUCUCAGUGCAAGAAAAGGUCGCAGCUGUGAACAAGUACAACCCCCCUCCGGAAGUGGUGGCUGCACAGGAUCACAUGACUCACAUCAUGUACAGCAUGAUGCAACCCCAACACAUCUUCAAUAGCACCCUGCCCAGUCUUGAUGCUCCCUACCCCAUGCUGGUCUUGACUGGACCUUUGGCCUGCUGGAAGCGAGAACUUUGUCACAGGCUUUGUCGGAAGUUCAAUAACUAUUUCAGAUACAGCCCCUGUCAUACCACAAGGUGUCCUUAUUUUGGAGAAGAAAACAGAUUAGAUUACUAUUUUGUAUCUCAGGAGGAAUUUGACAAGAUGGUGAACACGGGAAAAUUUAUAGCCACUUUCAAAUAUAACAGCUUCUACUACGGACUGAGCCGAGACACCAUUGAAUCCAUUGCUCGGGAGGGGCUGGCAACCUGUGUUCAUUUAGAAAUAGAGGGUGUCAGAAGCUUGAAGAAUUCCUACUUUGAACCACGAUACAUUCUACUGAUUCCAGUGAACAAAGAAAAAUAUGGGGGUCACCUGCGAAGGAUGGGGUUAUUCAGUAGACCAGAGAUUGAGGAAGCUCUCCGUAGGGUGGACAUGUAUAUCAAAGUGAAUCAGGAUUUCCCAGGCUUCUUCGAUGCAGUCAUCAGUGUAGAUGAUUAUGAUGAAGCAUUCAGAAAACUGAACCACCUUCUGGAGGAGUUCCUGGGGUUGACGCAGCCUUCAGAACCCAAAGACGUGGUUCCUGCAUUGGAGGGCAACCACCUUUCAGCUCCCAACAAGGAAUCUCCUGCAACUCUGAAAGUAAACAAUGUCAAAGGGACUGAUGGUGUCGCACCAUCACCUACUCCCAAUGAAUUUUUGGACUCCUCAGCCAAAAAUUACUCUGCCAGAAUAUCAGCCAAACUUUCAGCACAGAAGACACCAGUGGAAGAGGCGUCUCUGAAGCGAAGGCAGCGUUUGGCCAAGCAGGGCCUGACAGGGAAGGCCAUUUCCUCCUAUUCUCAGCUGUUUGAGAGGGAUGCGCUCAGUGUUUCAGGACCAGCCAGCAUGUAUAGUCACUUUUUAGAGCCCCCAUCUUUCACCUCCACGUGGUCCUCUAGACGUGCCAUCAGCUCCGAUGCCAGCGCCCCACCCACUAGUCCUGACCACAGUCACAGAGAAUUGGGCCAGCCAGCCAGAAAGUCCUUCACCGAUCCAGGAGGAGCCAUCUCUCCUGGUGCAUCAGCCACCCGCACCCCCAGGGCCGUCGCCAUGCCAGCGGUGGAAGUCAGUGAUGAAAAAGGAAUCCAACAAGACACUGACCGUCCUGCAGAUACCAAGGAAAAGAAGACACCCAAACCCAAGCCCCCUUCCCCCCACAUCUCCCCAGUCACCAUCCGUCCAGGCUCCAAUACCAAGCCGGUCCUCCCUCCCAUUCCCUCAGGUCGGAAAAAGCCCAAAGCCGUCGCGUUGGACAGCUUCACGUCCACCGUGUGGCUCAAGCCCUAGCGACAGUCGCCGGCCCCUCUUACACCUUUUGCUCCUGUCCACCCGAGUAGCCCUUCUGGGCCCCAACCCUCGUUCUGGCCCACUGAGAUGAAACCCCUGCUCCAGCCAGCCGCGCAAAAGGAGGCUUCCGGUUUUCCCCUUUUUUGAAACGUCUUCACUUGUUUGGUGACGCAGCAUUGAUCCCGGAGCUAUUUCUGGCGGGUUGAUGGCACUCUCUGCAAGUUAUAUGCACCUCCUGUGUUUCUUCUGUAGCUUGAAGUAGGCAGUGUGGAAAGUACAAGAAGUUCUCUUCCAGCCCUGAACCACCCUGGCCUUCCAGGGUAAAAAGGGCAGAGAUGUUCGGUAGAUUAUAAUGUUAUUUAGAACAGUAUAUA